AUGGUGGAAGCAGUGGAGAAGAAAAGAAAGGUCUCUCCUAUUGAGAAGAACCUUAAGGCCUCUAAGAUUUUCAGUCCCUUCCGAGUGGUUGGAAAUGUCACGAAUGAAACACCAUUUGCUUUAGGGACUUUAGGAUCAACAUUUUAUAUUGUUACAUCUGUGGGUAGAUCGUUCCAAAUCUAUGAUGCUGCAACAUUGCACUUAUUAUUUGUUUCUCAGACUCAAACUCCUUCCAAGAUCAACUGUUUAGCAGCUCAUUUCCACUAUGUCUAUGCCGCAUAUAAUAAUGAGAUUGGAAUCUAUAGAAGAGGUCAAAUCGAAACUACGUUGAAAUGCUCUACUGAAGAACACAUUUCAAGUUUGUUGGUCUUUGGAGACUUCCUUAUUGCUUCAUCAACUGACGGUCAGGUUUUUGUCUUCAGAAAGCUCCAAGGCUCAAAAUUGCACACUGAAUUGUACACAACUUUGAAUGGAAUUAAUCCACAAAUUGAUGGAGAUAUUGUUGGAAUUGUUCAUCCUCCUACUUAUUUGAAUAAAAUUGUGGUCGCCACCUCCAGUCACAUUUUUGUUUUCAAUAUCCGUACAGGGAAAUUAUUAUUCAAGUCUCCAGUUCAACAAUUUCUGCUUGAUUCCAUUACAGCCAUUGAAGUAGCACCUGUUUUGGAUCUUGUGGCAAUUGGUACUGCCACAGGAGGGGUUUACUUGUAUCACUUAAAGAAAGGUAAGAUAUUAGGAACGAGAAUCUCAGUCACAGCUCAAGAUGUUUCGGCUAAAGUCACUUCUUUGUCGUUUAGAACAGACGGAGCUCCACAUAUAGUGGUAGGUUUGAAUAGUGGAGAUUUAUACUUUUAUGAUUUAGAAAAGCAGACUCGUGUUCAUAUAUUGAGAAAUGCCCAUAAAGAAGUUCGUGGUGGUGUUAGUAACGUUAAGUUUCUUAACGGUCAACCCAUUUUAGUUACCAAUGGUGGUGAUAACCAAUUGAAAGAAUAUGUUUUCGAUCCAACUCUUCUGGCUACUAACUCAUCUAUUGUGUCACCACCUCGUCACUUAAGAUCAAGAGGUGGUCAUUCUUCUCCUCCAACAGCAAUUGAGUUCCCACAAGAAGACAAAACACAUUUCCUCUAUAGUGCUUCCAAAGAUAGAUCAUUCUGGUCCUUCUCUUUAAGAAAGGAUGCUCAAGCUCAAGAGCUUUCUCAAAGACCUCAAAAAUCAAAGGAUAACAAACGUCAAGCGGGUCAAGUUGCUUCAAUGAGAGAAAAGCAUCCUGAGAUCACUACUAUUUCUUCUUCACAGCUCAGAGAAGGACAAUGGGAUAAUAUUGUUACUGUUCAUAAGGAUGAGCCAUUUGCAAGAACUUGGGAUUCUAAGAGCAAGCGUAUAGGUGUACACCAGUUGGCUACCAUUGAUAAUGGUAAUGCGUCAACCGUAUGUGUGUCUCAAUGUGGUAACUUUGCAAUUGUUGGAUCAACCAAUGGUGGAUUUGGAGUCUACAACUUGCAAUCAGGAACCUUAAGAAAGAAGUAUGUUUUGCAUACCAAGGCUGUCACUGGGAUUGCCAUUGAUGGAAUGAAUAGAUCAAUGGUAAGUUGUGGUUUGGAUGGAAUCAUUGGGUUCUAUAACUUUUCAGAACACAAGUACUUGGCCAAAUUACAAUUGGAAGCUCCUAUCACUUCGAUGAUAUACCAAAAAAGUUCUGAUUUGAUUGCCUGUGCAUUGGAUGACUUGUCUAUAGUUGUUGUUGAUGUUAUUUCUCAAAAGGUUGUCAGAAUCUUGUAUGGUCACACUAACCGAAUAACGUCACUUGACUUUUCACCUGAUGGUAAGUGGAUUGUUUCUGUGAGUUUAGAUGGAACAUUAAGAACCUGGGAUUUAGCUACUGGACUUUGCAUUGAUGGUAUAAGAUUGCCUGUUGUGGCUACCCAUGUUAAGUUUACUCCAUUAGGGGAGAUGUUGGCUACUACUCAUGUUUCAGGAAAUGGAGUGUUCCUCUGGACCAACAGAGCUCAAUUCAAACAAGUCUCCACUAGACAAGUGGAAGAAUCAGAGUUUUCCACUAUUUUAAUGCCCAAUGUUUCUGGUGAUGGUGGUGCUACUAUUAUUGAAGGUGCUCUAGACACCGAUGAAGAAGACUUUGCAGCAGAGUUUGCCAAUUAUGCUUCCAUUGAUCAGAUUGAUGAAUCUUUGGUAACCUUAUCUUUGGGAUCAAGAUCCAAAUAUAAUACCAUAUUACAUUUGGAUGUUAUUAAACAACGCAGUAAGCCAAAAGAGGCACCCAUCAAACCUAAGAAUGCUCCUUUCUUCUUACAAUUAUCAGGUGAAGCUGUUGGAGACCGUGCUAUAGUUGCAGAAGAAGCCACUGAAAAGCAACAAACAUCAUCAGCUGAACAACUUGAAAAUAACGAAGAUUCUAGUAACGGCUCUAGAUUACUCAAACUUACCACUACAAAUGGAACAGACCAUCAUUUGCAAUCAGGAUUUGAGUCUGAAUUUACCAAGUUACUCAGACAAGGCAAGGAAGCAAAUGACUACCUGGAAUUCUUGUCGUAUUUGUACGGUGCAUCGCCUUCAACUGUUGACUUAGAAAUCAGAAGUUUACAAUCAAUUCCUCCUUUAACAGAAAUGACGACAUUCAUUAGUGCUAUCACCCAAGGCUUAUUAUCAAACACAAACUAUGAUCUUGCACAGGCCAUUGUUGGUGUCUUCCUCAAGGCCCACGGUGAUAUCGUCUACAAUAAUUCUUCCGAUGAAGAAUUCCAACUGGCUCUUACUCGUUUGCAGGAGGUCAGUGUUGAAACUGAAUCCAGGUUACAAGCUUAUGUUAAGUACUGCAGUGGAGUGUUUGACUUCCUUUCUAGUGUUUAA